AUGGAGGAGAAGUUCCUGAGGACACGUGCGGAGCGGGAAGAAGCGCGGCAACACAAAGCCGCCGGUUUCUCUUGCAACGCGUGGGACAGGCUGCAGUUCGAGGACAAGACUAGGGAGUUGGAGCGGGGCGUUAUGCAGUGUCUCGCCGACAAAGACACCCGCGGAGCUCAGGAGACUGUUAAUAUCUUUAAGGCGCUUGUGCAGGAUGCCACGAGCAACAGUGCCCUGACACCGCAUGAAAUGGCAAAGUCUAACGCGACACUCUCACGACUGCAGGGACUCAUUGAUGCGAACCGUGAUGGUGUUAACAAAGCAAAAACGUUCAAAUUUUCCUCUAGACCGAAAGUUGGAGCAACAGCGGUUGCAAAACACCAGGCCGCAGCGGCCCCAUCAGCGCCACAGGGCGAAGAAGAGCGGGGUCAAAUUACCAACGUGUACGGCUACUCCCGCAACAGGGCUGUAUUCAUUAGCUCAUCAAAGGCAGUCUUCUUACGAGAGUGCGAAGGCUGUGAGAUCUUUAUUCUUCCUGUGGCAGGGUCAGUGUUUAUUUCAGACUGCACAAAAUGCAGGGUCUACGUUGCUUGCCACCAACUUAGGCUUAAGAACUGCAACGACGUUGACGUGUACGUCUGGUGUGCAUCGACGCCCAUCAUCGAGUGCUGCACCGAAAUGCGGUUUGGUCCGUACAGCUGCUGGACAGGACUUCUGCAGUCAAGCGUCGGGGAGAAUAGCUACACCACACAUGAGGAUUGGGUGCGGUGUGUGGGGGAGCAGCAGAUCAACGAGCGCACAAAGGACUCGUACAAGAUGGUUGACGAUUUCCAGUGGCUGAAAAAGACACCUAGCCCACACUGGAGCGUGCUGCCGUCUGAGAAAUGGGAGAUAAAUGCACAUCCCUUUCUGCAAGGGGAUACUCCUGCAAUGUAG